UAGCGACUGGAGUGGUCGUUGUCCUUGACAAGUUUAAUUAAAUUUAACACAUACAUAUAUUAUAUGUAGGACAUGUUUGGUCUAGGACAGUGUAGGAAUUCCUAUGUUUUAGAUCGACACGGAGAGUGAAAAGAAUGUUGUUAAGCAUUUUUUCAGGACAGAGAAAUGAACGGCGACCUAGUCCGUUGUCAAAUGCCAGAGAACUUAAAUACGCAUUGAAAGAGAGAAAGGCUGCUGUUAAUAUCGUAAUUUGAAAAGGAGACAAACAUGGCAUCGAGAUCGUUUUGGACAGGAAAUUUUGAGGAAGAGUUGUCCCUUCCUGUGUCAGAUCGUCUGCGGUUUACACCACCUUCACCCCCACCUUCACCUCAGGCAGUUCUAGAGUCGGGAAAUAUACCAGAAGAAGUACAGAGGAGACGACAGGACAGGCAUCGGACGAAUCACAGAUUUAUUGUCCUACCUGUCAAGUCAGGCGAUAAGGACCAUGUACCUGAUGAAAUCGAGCGUGACCCGUAUUUACUGGACCUUUAUAUCAAAGCGAUUUCCCAGGGUCAAGAAGCAGACACGGGUAUCCGAGUAAACAUUGUUGGAAACUUUGCUCAAGGUAAAACAUCAUUAGCUAAACGAUUAAUUGGAGAGACAACUGAUGAUGUCCAAAGUACAAAUAGCGUUGACAUUUACCGUUGCCAGUAUGCAAAUGAAAGCAAAAGGAUUUUGCUUUCCAGGAAAAAUAAUCAAGAGGAUGAUUCUGAAAUGGUCGAUCGUAUAGUAUCAAUUGCUCUGUCAGAAAAGGAGAAGAAAUUUGAUAGUAGGAGAAACAACAUCAACCCCAAUUUUAUUAACAAUGCAGAAGAUGACUUUCUGCCACCGAUGCCAUCAGACAAAAUCGAAAUGGACAAGAAUCAUAAAAGAAAAUCUUUAAAUAUAACAGAUGAAACCGACAGAAAGAAAGUAUUUGUAAGGGGAAAACGCGUGCAUCCUAAUAUAAGCAUACAAACAAGUCCACAUGAUUCCAAAACAAGAGUUGUCACAAAAGAGGAGUUAACACUGUUUGAACAACGCCUUGAAUCGAAGAGGCAAGAAAGCAAUGCUAUUGGAGAUAUUGAUAUAUGGGAUUUUGGAGGGCAGUUCAUAUUCUAUUCAACUCAUACCUUAUUUCACAGUAGACGGGCAAUUUAUAUACUUGCUUUUGAUUUGUCAUUACCAUUAUCUGAAAAUGUCAUUGAUAUGGAGUUUCCAGGGGAAACUGCAAACAACAAAACGAUGGAGUGUUUUACAAAAUUUUGGAUGAAUUCUAUACAUUCGUACGUUGGAACAGAAGAUGGUUCGGAGCCUCAUGUUAUUCUAGUAGGAACACACAAAGACCAGUUAAAUGGAGACGAAAGCGCAAAGCAACAAUUUAAAGAUGACUACUUUGAAAAUGUAAGAGAAUUGUUUGAAGACACAAGUAUGAUUAGACACAUACAUUCAGUAGAUUUUGCAGUGGACAACAAUGAUCCUGAUGACGAUGCUUUCAAUGAAAUACGGGAAGAAAUCAUACAUUUAUGCACUGAUCGUUUAAACACAGUACAGAUCCCAGCCAGAUGGAUUCCGCUGGAAAGAUCUUUGAAACAAAUCAGAAACGAGAAGAUAGUUACGUUUGACAGAAUAAUGGAACUUGAUUCUCAAAACGAAUUUUCAUUGAAGGAUAAAGAGCAAGUCAAAUUGUUCCUCCUUUAUCAUCAUGCGAAAGGCACAUUAUUUUUCUUUGACGAAGAACCAAUAUCUACCUAUGUGGUGCUGGACGCGCAAUAUCUGAUUGAUGCAUUUAAAUGCAUAGUUACAUCAGAGAGAUUUUGCAAGAAGGAUCCUUCAUUUCGGCAUCUUUGGAAGAGGUUGCUAAAAGAGGCUAGGUUAGAAAAGGAGCUUGUAGAGAAACUUUGGAAAAAUGACACAAAGAAUGACUUUCAUAAACACAAAAACGAACUUCUGAUGUUUCUGCAGAAACAUUUGAUCAUAUCGGAAGUCUCCAACUAUGAUGAAAAUACGUCAGAAUCUACGGGAUUAGGCUGGUUUAUAGUCCCAAGUUUUCUGAAGGAUUCAUUUUCGGAAAAUGCGCUGCAAAUAUUUCUCAACGGAAAACAACAAACUUCCGUCCGAUUUGUUAUGAGGUUUUACAAUUCCCCAGUGGUACAAGUUGUGUUUUAUCGGCUUUUGGCAGCAUUGAUAGGAAGAUGGCCUGUACUGGAAGUAGCAAUCCCGGAAGUUAAAUCUUUGAUCUAUGAAAAUCUUGGUGUACUUAGGUUGGAUAAAUUUCAUGCUGGAAUCAUUGAAAGAAAGAUUGAAAAUAUUGAACUAAGAGUAGUAUGUCUUUGUCAUACGGGAAGUGUUGACGACAAAAUUGCUGAUCAUUUCCGUCGUUUUUCCGAAUCCGUUGUAAGAAAUGAAUUUAAGAAACUGCGUAGCGCACCUUUGCAUGAAGGACCUUUUACGCGGUGUAUCAGGUGUAAUCACGAGGCACAUGCACUAAAUGGAAGUAGUUUUGCUAUGACAUUAAAGGAUGUAGCAAACAACAAAUCGGUACCAUGUCCAGAUAUGAUAAGCCAUGACAUAUUCCGAGAUGAAGUACUGUGUGAAUGGUUUCAACAGGAUAGGGUACCAGAGAUGAUACCUGACUGUCAACUGAACGAGAAGCAACUCGGCAAGUUUGCUCAAUUAGUAGGGAACAACUGGGAAUUGCUCGGUAUCGAACUUGGAUUAAGCCAGGUAGAGAUCCAGCAGAUAUCAAUGGAUUUCCAAAGCUGCCAAAUGAAGAUUUUUAAAGUUCUUAUAGAAUGGAAGGACAAGGAAAAAGAAAGAGCUACAGUAAAUGCCCUUGUUCGGGCUAUGAAAACUGCGAAGAAAGUGUAUGUUGACUGGGAUGAGAUUCGAAAUAUAUGCGAGAAAAUAAACCUAGAACGGACACAGAAGUAAUGCUGCCGAAAAAUGAAGACAUUAGGGAAGGUGCGAUUACUGCAAUACAUGCAUAUACUUUCUUCACAGAUACGGAGAGAUACGGAGAGAUGGAGAUGCAUUUGAUUUCUACAUUCAGACUAAACAUGCAUAAGUGUUACUUUAUUGUUAUAGCAAUUUUAUGUAUGCAAUUUUAAGGCAUACGUCGCUUUAAUUAGUCAAAGACACACGUCGUGGACUGAACGCGAAAAUAUUUAACUGUAUAUAAAUAACGAACACGAUACAAUAGUUUAGCACUAAGGCCUCAGUUUGUCGUAAGUAUGUACAUAGCAAACAAAUUUACACUCAUGAAAUUUUGUUCAUUUGCGGAAGAAAGCACAUUCAUACUAUAUAUUAGUUUAACAUCAAACAGCAAUUUAGACUUAAAACGUUGAUAAAUAUGUGUUCUGGCUGCUGUUGUUAUUAACCAAUAAACAUUCAUUUAACAUUUUGAUUGUACACAAAACAAUCAUUUUUUAUAGUUUGACUUCUGUUAAGGUGAAUGUGGAUGCGUCCUUUUCACGUUUUACAUUAUAGUGCAAUCAUAUAUUUAACCGAGUUUACAUUAUAUACUGCGAUUUUACAUUAUACUGUAAUCUUCUAUUGUUAAUACCUCAGGAACACACACGGUGUAGGAAGUUUACCAUAUAUCCUUUCCGCAGCCUUAACCUACUAAAACGUAUUAGCGUCUGAUGGCCCUUUCACGCUUCCGUAGAGACAACAUUUAUUACACGAAACUUAUUUUGAAAAUAUUUCUGAAAUGUCUAGGUCUGCAGCUCUCAAAUACGGUUAUAUCUUACAUCUGAGGCAUAUACUGACACUCUCAGACAACAUCAAAAAUAACAUUUUGAGCGAUUUGAUGAAGUUCCAAAACUAUCAAUGUACCCUUGGUCCGUUACGGACCCCUGUGGGAUUUCUGUUUAUCCAGAGCUCAAAUAUUUUUUCAUAGAUUAGAAGCUGACAUGCUGUACUAAAGCCCUGGUAAUUUCAAUUCGUAAUAAAGUGCUAAAAAUUGGCUCUCCAAUAGCAAAAAAAAAAUGAAGUCCACGCGCAUACAUUUGGACGGGGUGACCCCUGCGCGUGACCCCUGACUAUCUACGAAUCGAAA